ACCAAAACUCACCAGAAGACAUAGACGACCCUUGUUUCAUCAUUUUUGCUAUCACACCUUACUAAAACUCCCCUGAACCUUACCAAUGAAUCUCUACAUGAUCGCCAAUAUCAUACUGUUCAGCGCCUUAGUAGUUUUGUUGAUUGAAGUGGUUGCCAUUUUUGCUCUCCACCUCUACGUUCGCCGGUUCCUCGUUCGCCUUCGCCCCCGUCAUUUGCUCGCCUGCCGCCGCAACGCCGCUGCUCCGACACGCGUCGAUUUCCAUGUAGACCAGGGUUAUAAUCCCGCCACCACUGUUGAGAGUGGCCUCGAAGCUCGUGUCCUUAGGUCUCUCCCCGUUUUCACGUACUCCGCCAAAACCCAUCCGGAUUAUGUCAUGGAGUGCGCUGUUUGCUUGUCGGAAUUCGAAGAAAGUGAAUCGGGUCGGAUUCUGCCCAAGUGUAAUCACAGUUUCCACAUAGAGUGUAUUGACAUGUGGCUCCACUCUCACUCUACUUGCCCUCUCUGCCGGACCCCGGUUGAGGCAUACAAUCCGGUGCCGGCGAACCCAGCUGAUGUAGCUUUCACCAUACAAGAAACAACAGGAGUAGAGUCGGGUCCGGCCUCGUGUCAGCACGAGAAUGAACAGAUAGGUACGUCGUCGGUUGGGAGACGAAUGAAUCUGUCAGUGGAAGUUCCGAGUAGGAACGGCGAGGGGUUUGAAGGCGAGUCAAGUGCGUGUGAUUCAGCGACUAGUCAGUCCUCGUACAGAUCACCCAUGAGUCGGAUGCUGUCAUUCAAGGGGAUUCUGAGCAAAAAGCGGCGGCAGAGCCCCUGUGCUUCGCCGAGAACGGUGACGGUCAUUGAGUCCGAUACAGGGCGAGGCGAGGGUCAAGUAUAACUUGGAGAUCAUGACUCAGUGUGGAAGGUUGCAGCUGUUGAUUAUAAUUAAUCAUGCUUGGUUUAGAAAGCCAUAGGUUGUUAAUGUUAACAUAUUAAAAAUAGUGAAUAGUU